CGGUAUUAGCAAUUAAAUAUUCUAUUGCAAGAUCUAAAUUAAUCAUUGAUAUUACAAGUUUUAUUUUAUUGAAUUAUAAUCCUAUUAAUCAAAUACAAAAUCUUGAAGAUCCUUGGUUAUAUAAAACCUCUCUUAAUGCAUUACAAAUUGAAGAACUGUUUAAUAUCAUCCCCAAAAUGCAAACAUUAAUUAAUUAA